AUCUCUUCACCUUAGCUCCUCUUUUCUUCCCACUCUCAACUUCUAAACUCAAAACACACUGUAUCAAUCUCAGAUCAUCAUCAACCAAGCAAACGAACAUAAUUAGCUUUAGGCAGGAAAGAAAGAGACAGUAGAGCAGAGUCUGCAGAGAUGUGUUUUGUGUUCUUAUGUGACGAAGAAGAGAGGGAAUUAGGCAGGCAACAAGCUUCAGGGUCAUGUCCUCACUGUGGAGGUAAAGUACAAGCCGUGGAUUUUGAAGGCCGGUGGAGGUUCUGUUUCUUGCCCAUAUGCUACAAGAUGAAGAGAAAAUAUUUUUGUACUUUAUGUUCCAGGCGGCUGGAAUUAUCUCCUUAAUAAGGACAAGGAGGUUGCUUUCUGAUUAUAGACCAAGAAAAUUAAGCUACUUAAUCGCUGAUUCCUAGAUGUCUUCUUUAUCUUGCAUGUCUUCUUCGCUCUUUUUUUUUUGUUAAUAAUUUUUUCCAUGUCUUUCGUUAUUAUGUUGUGAAGAGAGGGAUGGUUUCUUCAAUGAUUAAAUGUAUAUUAUGGCACCUGUAUUAAGUGGUUAUGGAGAUUCUGUGUUCCUUUCGUUGA